AUGGUCGACGUAGUCAGUUUGGAGCUCGUCAGCUUACAGGGGAAGAGGCGGAAAUUCGAUGUCGCUGUUUCCAUGACUGGCCGCCGGCUGCGGCAGAUGCUCAGCGCCGAGUUGCCUUCCAAGCCCGGGUCACGCAUCUCGCUGCAGCAUGGAUCGUCGUCACUGAGCUUGGACCAGACCCUCAGGCAGCAAGGAAUCAUUGGAGAAGGCGUCACCUUGUCCUAUGUCUACGUUCCUGCGGAUCUGCUGGCGGCCUGGAAGUAUUUGCAAGGAGAACCGGCGCAGGAUGAGGAGUUCUCUCUGCAUGGGCUAACACGAAUUGAGGGAUGGAUCCUGUGCCGACUUCUACAUCUGCCAAGCAGCCUUCAACACCUGAAAUUGGAUGAAUUCAAUGAAAGCCUUGUGGGAGUCAACUUUCCAAGUGGCAUCAAAACCAUCAUUUUCAGCUGUAAAUUCAAUCGGAGCUUGGAUGGUGUGACUCUGCCAGCAGCUCUGCAAACCUUGGAUUUUGGGGAUGACUUUGACCAAAGCUUAGAUGGAGUGACCCUGCCAGCAGCUCUGAAAAACUUGAUCUUUGGAGACCGGUUCAACCAAAGCUUAGAGGGUGUGACCCUGCCAGUGGGUCUGCAAACCUUGACUUUUGGGUUUCAGUUUGACCAAAGCUUGGAUGGUGUG